AUACGGGUACUUUACUCUAUGACCUUUCGCGAGUGUUUUGCUUCGGAAAUAAAAAUGUAUUAGUAACAAAAAUUAGAUUAAUUUAAACUGUUUCGAAUGUUAGUGAUCUAUAAAACCUCUCGGCUAUAAUUUAAAAACAGAUUUAUUAAAUAUAAUUUGUAAUAUGGACGGAAAAACAACGAAAAUGCCCAAAGUGGCUAAGGUAAAGAACAAAGCACCGGCUGAAAUACAAAUCACUGCUGAACAGCUUUUACGCGAGGCCAAAGAGAGAGAUUUAGAAAUAUUACCUCCACCGCCGAAACAGAAGAUCUCAGAUCCGGAAGAACUUAGAGACUAUCAACAUCGCAAGAGAAAAGCAUUCGAAGAUAACAUUCGAAAGAAUAGACUUGUCAUAGGCAAUUGGCUCAAAUAUGCACAAUGGGAGGAAUCACAGAAACAAGUACAAAGGGCCCGAUCUAUUUAUGAGAGAGCCUUGGAUGUGGACCACAGAAAUGUUACCCUAUGGCUGAAAUAUACAGAAAUGGAAAUGCGAAACAGGCAAGUGAACCAUGCGAGGAAUCUGUGGGAUAGAGCAGUGACAAUCUUGCCUAGAGUAUCCCAAUUUUGGUACAAGUACACCUAUAUGGAGGAGAUGUUGGAAAAUGUUGCUGGAACCAGACAAGUAUUUGAGCGGUGGAUGGAGUGGCAACCCGAUGAACAAGCCUGGCAGACUUACAUUAACUUUGAAUUACGAUACAAAGAACUUGACAGAGCUAGACAAAUAUAUGAAAGGUUUGUUAUGGUCCAUCCGGAUGUGAAACAUUGGAUUAAAUAUGCUAGGUUUGAAGAAAACCAUGGCUUCAUAAAUAGUGCCAGAAAAGUAUAUGAAAGAGCAGUUGAAUUCUUUGGUGAUGAAGAACUAGACGAAAGAUUAUUCAUUGCUUUUGCCAAAUUUGAAGAAAAUCAAAAGGAACAUGAUAGAGCAAGAGUAAUUUACAAGUAUGCCCUGGACCAUAUAUCUAAAGACAGAAACAAAGAGCUGUACAAAGCCUAUACUAUUCACGAGAAAAAAUACGGCGAUAGAUCUGGAAUUGAAGAUGUCAUUGUAAAUAAAAGGAAAUACAUGUAUGAACAGGAAGUAAUUGAGAAUCCUACUAACUAUGAUGCAUGGUUUGAUUACAUAAGACUUGUUGAAAAUGAAGGCAACACUGAUGAUGUUAGAGACACUUAUGAGAGAGCUGUUGCAAAUGUGCCCCCAUCAAAAGACAAACAAUUCUGGAGGCGAUAUAUUUACCUUUGGAUUAACUAUGCAUUAUAUGAAGAAUUAGAAGCAGAAGAUAUUGAUCGAGCUAGACAAGUUUACAAAACAUGCCUGGAACUAAUACCACAUAAAAUAUUCACAUUUUCGAAAAUUUGGCUUAUGUAUGCACAACUAGAAGUCAGAUGCAAGAAUUUAAAACAAGCUAGAAAAACAUUAGGUAUGGCUCUAGGGAUGUGUCCAAGAGACAAAUUGUACAGAGGUUACAUUGAUCUGGAGAUUCAAUUGAGAGAAUUUGAUAGGUGUAGAAUUUUGUAUCAAAAAUUUUUAGAAUAUGGCCCUGAGAACUGUAUAACCUGGAUUAAAUUUGCCGAGCUUGAGACCUUACUUGGUGAUAUAGACAGAGCAAGGGCUAUUUAUGAAGUAGCAGUGGGCCAGCCAAGACUCGACAUGCCUGAGUUGCUGUGGAAGAGUUAUAUCGAUUUUGAAGUCUCUCAAGGUGAAACAGAUAAAGCUCGCCAGUUAUAUGAGAGAUUAUUAGAAAGAACUGUUCACGUCAAAGUAUGGCUUUCAUACGCGAAGUUUGAGUUGAAUGCAGAGAACCCUGAUAAUAUUAAUAUUGAUUUAGCGCGACGAGUCUACGAGCGCGCCAAUGAUAUUCUUAGAACAGCUGGUGAAAAAGAAUCCAGAGUUCUGCUCCUAGAAGCUUGGAAAGAUUUUGAAACUGAAAUAGGUGAUGAAGAGAAGCUUGAAAAUGUUUUAGCUAAAAUGCCAAGAAGAGUUAAAAAGAGACAGAAGAUUGUCAGUGAGGCAGGUGUUGAAGAGGGCUGGGAAGAGGUGUUUGAUUACAUAUUCCCUGAAGAUGAAAUGGUCAGACCUAAUCUGAAACUUCUAGCGGCUGCCAAGAACUGGCGUAAAAAGCAAGUCAUACCAGAAAGUACAGAGUCUAACACUGAUGCAGAACAUGAAAAGGAGAGUGUUAGUGCAGAAGGAAGUGAAAGUAAUAAUGAAUCAUAAGUUGCGGAUAUUAUU